AUGAAUAGUCCAGUAUUAGGGAUAUAUCCAAGUGGGGAAACGAAGGAAACCCAAUGUCAACAUGGAGAUCCUGGUGGAAAUCCUAGCGGAAAAAAAUCUGUAGGAAAAAGCAAAAAACUGUUGCACAAACCAUCUAUCAAAAAUAGCUCUAAAAGAAAUGCGCUCACCGUUAACAAAUUGAUAUUUCGGGCUGGUGACAUAGUCAUGCUUCCUCAGUAUCAAGAAUAUCUACUACUUGUGUUUCCCUUCCCCUCAACUUCCCAUAAACAUUACUAUGGAAAUAAUGGUUAUCUCCUGCAAUCACCCGGGUUUCUUCCUGGUCCCCCUGGCCGGGAGGAGAGCCAGACACCUCUAGUAGACUGCAACGUUCUGCUAGAUGAAACUGGGGCAGAAAUCGAUUCUGUUCAGAAAGAACUAGAAGGGUUCAAAGAACACCCUGAUUAUGUGAGAUUGAACACCCAGACAAUCAAAGGGGUAGAUGAUUUCACUACAGAAAUCAUAGCCAAUAAAAAUAAAAAAAUGAAAAGGGAUGAUGAUGAUUAUAACAAGGGAGAAGUAUACACAUUUAAUAGGGAUAAACCACAGACCAAUACCGACUGGACAGUGGUCAGAAACCAUAAAAAUAGAAAAGCAAACAAUUACAACAGCAAUGGAAAUAAUAGGAGUUAUAGGCAAAAUCAUGGGUAUAGACAAAACCAUUGGAGUCACAAUAAUUAUCAACCCAACAGAGCCUAUGAGGGCCAUGAUAUAGAAAAUAGGCCCCACAAUAAUUAUAAUGUGAACACGUGGACUCCCAGAUAUGAUACAAAUCAGUACAGGAACUCAUGGAAUCCGCAAACACAAAAUGAGAGAACAUCCUCCAGUGAUAGAGAUUAUAGGAGAACCCCAUCCCAUCAGGAUUUUGAUAAUCCAAACUAUAUACCUAUUCAUAACAGAUACCAACCAUUGAACCAGUUUGAUGCUAAUCAACCUGCAUCGGGAGAGAUCUCUAAUAGGGACAGCUUACCGUCUACCUCUGGCGCUGUUUUUUUAGAGACCCCUCAGUUGGCUCCCCUUUGGAGGAGACCAACAUCACAAGCCUCAAACCAGAAAAAAAGACCGUACCCAAACGGGGAAAACGAGGCAGAGGGAAAACCCACAAAAAAGCACAAUUACAGAAAUUGA